AUGCCAUUCGUCCAAGCCAACAGCCACCGCCUCAACUACGCAGACUCCCACCCCGCAGGCCCGCCAACCCCAACCGGACUAACCUUCAUCUUCGUCCACGGCCUAGGCUCCUCGCAAAACUACUACUAUCCCGUAAUCCCACAUCUGACAGACUCCCACCGCUGCAUCACAAUCGACACAUACGGCGCCGCCCGCUCCCCCUACACCAAUGGCGCAGUCUCAAUCCCGGACAUCGCAGAGGAUGUCAUCGGCGUGCUGGAUACACUAAGAGUCCGCAAGGCCGUGGCCGUCGGCCAUUCUAUGGGCGGGAUUGUGGUCACAGAGCUGGGCGCGCGGUAUCCGGAUCGUAUGCAGGGCAUUGUGGCUAUUGGCCCCACGCAUCCGUCGGAUAUGUUGGUUACGGUUAUGAAUAAGAGAUCGGAGACUGUUCUCGAAUCCGGAAUGGAAUCAAUGGCCAAUACGAUCCCCUUCGGAGCAGUUGGCUCGCGCAGCACCCCGCUCCAGAAGGCUUUCAUUCGGGAAUUGAUCUCCGGCCAGGAUCCUAAGGGGUAUGCGGCGCUUUGUCGGGCUAUUGCUAGUGCGAAGCCUGCUGAUUAUGCGGCUGUUAAGGCGCCUUUCUUGCUUAUUGCGGGCGAGGAGGAUAAAUCUGCUUCUAUGGAGGGAUGUCGGCAUAUCUUUGAUCGGGUUUCUAGUGUGAAGAAGUCUUUGGAGGUUUUGAAGGGGGUUGGUCAUUGGCAUUGUAUUGAGGCUGCUGAUGAGGUUGGCGCUUUGAUUGCUAAGUUUGCGGCGGUUGCGAGGACUUGA